AUGUCUACCUCUCGAAAAAGGGGUCGUAUACUUAACGAGUCUCUUCCUUCUCCUGAUACGUCCACUUCAGUACAUGUACGACAGUCUUUCGAAUCUGUUAGCAAUGAGGUUCCUAAUUCUAUGUAUAUAGAUAAUGGCGAUUGUACUAACAUAUGCGAACAUUGCCAUGCCUUAUUUUGGUAUGAUGAACGCGUCAAUGCAAUGUCUUCUAAUCGUUAUUCCUAUACUCAUUGCUGCAAACAUGGUCAUGUCAAACUUGAUUUUCCUACCCUUCCUCCACCAUCAUUAUUACAUCUAUUUGAUCAAUCUGAUUUUCUUGAUAAUAUACGUGCAUAUAAUAGCAUGUUCUCCAUGACAUCUUUUGGUGGAAUAGUCAACGAAUCUAUCAACGAUGGCUCCGCUCCUUACGUUUUAAAAAUUGAAGGCCAAAUAUACCAUUGGCUUGGUUCUUUUUAUCCAACACCAAAUGAACGCCCUCGAUUCUUGCAAAUGUAUAUGUAUGAUACGAAGAAUGAAGUUUGUAAUAGACUAAGCGUAUUCAGAAAUGAUGGCCGUUCACGCUUGACUUCUGACAUUGUCACUAUGCUUAUUCAGAUCCUUGAGAAUAGCAACAAGCUGGUUAAACUUUUUAGGGAUGCAAGAGAUUUGUCUCAGUCAACUGAUGUGACCUCAUUCUACAUUCGCUUGUAUAAUUCUUAUAACUCUUUACGUUAUGAUACUCCAACCCCAGGUUGCAUUGGUGCUAUUAUCAAUGACCCCGGCCCUCAGUCUGACGGCUUUGACAUUGUCAUUAGACAUAAGGUCACAGGCCCUCAAAGAAUAAACAUAUUACACCCAUUGUAUAUGUCAUUGCAAUAUCCUUUGUUGUUUAUUCAUGGUGAAAGUGGCUGGUCCCGUGACUUGCGCCUACAAGGUGAUGGCUCAAAGAAAACCAACACUUUGACUAGGAAUAUGUUCUAUAGCUACCAACUACAUGAUCGUGCCAAUACAUAUUCUUUACUGCUAAGAGGUGGCCGUCUUUUCCAACAGUACCUGGUAGAUGCCUACGUCUACAUCGAGCAAGACAGGCUUAACUACCUUAGAUAUAAUCAAAAUGCUCUUAGAAGUGAAUACAUGCAAGGAAUACACGAUGCCGUCACACGUGGAGACACAGAAGGAAAGGAUAUAGGCAAGCGCAUAAUUUUGCCGUCAACAUUUACCGGUGGUCCACGAUACAUGUAUAAACACUAUCAGGAUGCCUUGGCAAUAUGCAGAGUUCAUGGAAGGCCACAAUACUUUGUUACAUUCACUUGCAACGUCAAAUGGCCUGAGAUUAGUAGAUACAUGGCUAGAUUUCCCGUUCUGAAGGCGGAAGAUCGCCCUGAUGUCAUUGCAAGAGUGUUCCAUAUGAAAGUUAUUUCAUUUGUAAAUUUUCUUAAAGUUAGAAGACCAUUUGGGAAGGUUACUGCAGGCAACUUAUUUACCUCAUAUUACAUAGAAAGCUCCAUAGCUGUUAUACAAGUACACUCAUGUCCCAUGAAAGUCGUGAAUUUAUGUUGUGCAGACUUAUACACCAUAGAGUUCCAAAAAAGAGGUUUACCCCAUUGUCACCUUCUCUUAUGGGUUGAUGAAGCCCACAAAAUAAAGGACGCUUCACAAUUGGAUGAGUAUAUAUCAACGGAAAUUCCAGAUCCCAUCAAUGAACCAACUUUGUAUAAAAUUGUGACCGACUCCAUGAUGCAUGGACCUUGCGGCAUGGCCAGACCUAAUUCACCAUGCAUGGCGUUAGGGUCAUGCACGAAAAAAUUUCCUAAGGAUUACGAGCCUUUUACACGAUUUGAUGAGAAUGACUACGCACGCUAUAGGAGACGUCAAAGUACUCACUUUGUCCAAAAAAAUGGGAUUUCACUAGAUAACGGUUACGUCGUACCGUACAAUUCUCUGUUGCUUCAUUUUCAUGCUCACAUAAAUGUCGAAUACUGUGGUUGGAGCAUGCUCAUAAAGUACCUCUUCAAAUACAUAUCUAAAGGAACAGACCGUAUAAAAUACACUGUUAAAAAAGCGCCUCCCACAACAGCCAAUUCUACAGAUAAUGUUGAAAUUAAAGACUUCGUUGAUGGUAGAUUCAUUUGUCCCCAUGAAUCAGCAUGGAGAAUCUUUAACUUCAUGAUUCAUGAACGAAACCCUCCUGUCCAGGUGCUUUCUGUUCACUUAGAGAAUAGGCAAAAUGUCACCUUCAAAGAUAAUGAGAAGCUUCAGAAUGUCUUACACAAUCCAAAUGCCCGACGCACCACUUUAACAAAAUGGCUAAAAAAUAACUGUGUUCACAACAAUGGACUCCAUCUCCGUUACAUUGACUACCUUUCGGAAUACAGAUGGGAAUCUACGGGAAAAUGCUGGCUUCGCAGAAUCACAAAUAAAACACCGGCAAUCGGUAGACUUGUUAUGUCUUCCAAUAAUACAAUUUGUUUGUUGUGUACACGUCAUGAUGCACCAUUGUAUCUCAUCCAUUGA